GAUUAUAUUUUGUUUUGUCUGCAGUGACGAGGUACUGUUCGCCUGCGGAGAUACUAUCCUGCGAAGGAUGAAUUUUCGUACUCUACACAUGGGAAACAUUGUGGAUAUUGAUGUGAUAAACGCGUGGUGUUUGCUAUUGAAUUAUAAUGAGCUCUUGCGGUCAACCAAUUCACCGGCUCGUUUUUUUGCAACAGUUGGAGUAUGCCUGGAAUCAACAAUACAACCUCCAUGUAACUUGGCAUAUAAUAAGCGAAGAGAUAUUUUUUUUAGGCUUUUGGAUGCUGAGAUAUCACGAAUCGAGCAUAUGUCUAUCGAGAAUAUAGACCUGUUUUUCUUCCCUAUGUGUCGAGUGUUGAAGUAUUACACAUUCUGCGUGGAUAUCAAGAAGGAAAAGGUGUACGUUUUGGAUAGUCAGAAUGAAUUGGUAGAUAUAUGUCAGGCUGCCAAAUAUGGAACAACUACUGAUCUUGUGAAAAAUAUGCUUGCAGAUUAUUUGGCAUACAAGGGACAUGUGCAUAAGAGCAAUGUUGUGAAGCGAUCUAAGUUGGCAAUUGUACACAUAAAGUGGGGGGACGCUAAGAAUAUCAAUGACAUGGGUGUUUAUAUGAUGAGGCACAUGGAGACAUUCAUGGGCGAUUCUUCGUCGUUGUGGACAUGUGGUUUGGCUCCAAAGCUGAGAAAACAACUUAACCUUCUGCGAGUGAGGUACUGUGCAGCACUUAUUGCGUGGGAGAAGAACAGUAUUCGCGACGCAAUGGAAGAAAGCGCAAAAUUAAGCUUUGGUUCUAGUUUUGAUGAUCCAAAUCUCAACAUCGACGUCACGUUGCUUGGGAAAUGAUCCACCUAAUUAAUUUGUUGAGACCAUACAGAUGAAUGUUAUAUUUAUGAAAUGCGUUAGUACAAUA